AUGUUUGAUAAAACUGCUCGAACAAAUGGCAUUUAUUGGAUUAAUUUGCUUGUGACAAUUCUGUUGUUCCCAAUCUUAUUGUGGGUCAGUGUCAUCAGAUGGCUGUUCGACCGGAAUCCAGAGACGGAAGUUAAAGGAGAAGUGGCUGUAAUUACGGGUGGAGCUCAAGGUUUGGGACGUAAGUUGGCCAUAGAAUUUGCCCGUAGGGGUUGUCACAUAGCCGUUGUUGACAUUCUCGAAGAGAAGGCCCAAGAAACCGCCGAGUACUUGAAGAAAACAUUCAAAAUUAAAAGCAAAGCUUACAGGGUUGACAUUACAAAUCACCAAAAAUUGGUAGAAUUCCAUUCUCAAGUUACCCGUGAUUUUGGUGAUAUAACAAUUGUUGUAAACAAUGCUGGCAUUGUCUAUUUCUCGGAUAGUGCACCACGCGACUUUGAUGAAAUUCAAAAAAUCAUUACCGUUAAUUUCACCUCUCAGGUGUGGAUAAAUCAAUUGUUUUUGCCACGCAUGAAGGUAUUGAACCGUGGCCACAUUAUGUCUAUCAGUUCACUGGGUGCUCUCUUCAAUACUGCCCAAUUGCAAAUAUAUGGUCCAGCCAAGAGUGCAGUACGUGCAUAUAUGUCAUCGUUGCGUAUGGAUUUAAAUGAAUAUUCGGGAAUUAAUGUAACUACUAUUAUGCCCACCUAUAUGACAACACAUCAACCGACGGAACAGAUUGUCAAUUCAAAUGGUCUUGGAAAAUUUCUACCAGUAUUGGAUGGUGAUUAUGUGGCACAAGAGGCUGUGAAGGCUCUGCUGCAGGGUGUUGAUGAGAUGACCCUACCCCGCCAAUGUAUUUAUGGAUUCAAAUUGCAAGAGUUCUUGUCCGCAUGGAUGCGUGAUAAAAUUCUGUUGUUCCUGCAUCCCAAGAUAGAUCUAAAUGCCCAGCAGAGCAAAUCGAAAUAA